AUGGGAUUUGAGUUGUGGUUGGUGGUUCUGGUGGCCUUACAAUGGUUGGUGGUACGAGUAAUACUGGUGGUGCCGAUUUUCGGGAUCCAGAAUGGUCGGGUCCUAGAGGCUGCAGAGAAGACGGAAAAGGGUCGAAAAUUGCAAAUAUUUGUGUUGCUAGGGUCUGGUGGCCAUACAGGUGAAAUGCUGCGUCUGCUGGAAAAUUACCAGCAGACAUUGUUCAAACCUCAUCAGACAAAAUUGACAGUAGGGGUGUCAGACGAAGCAAGUUUGAAGCGGUUCAAGCAUGCGUUCCAAACACAGUUGGAUGCUCAAGGAAUCGAGGUCCAGAUCUGCAGGUUUGGUAAAGCUCGUGAAGUGGGUGCUUCAAAACUGCAAUCGGUGAAAAGCAUCGUCUUAACACUAGCAAGAGCCGUGUGGACCGUGUCGUGGCUCAAGUGGCAGUUUGUGGGACAGCCACAUUUGGUUUUACUAAAUGGACCCGGCACUUGCUGCAUCAUCGCAGGAUGGCUUAAGCUACUGGAAAUCGUGACAAUGACCAGGUCUAAAAUUAUCUACGUCGAGAGCUUAGCACGCACAAGCUCGCUGAGUCUUAGCGGUAAGCUGUUGUAUCCAUUGGUGGACGAAUUCGUCGUCCAGUGGAGCGAAUUGUGCGAUCGUUACGAUCGUGCAAGGUGUUUUGGUAUUCUAGUGUGA